UUGUUCUUCAAGCUCACACGCCACAGCUAGCCAGCCGCACUACCAAAUAGUAGCACAGUUCACCCUUAGUACAAGCAUAAACCAAUAUGUUCGGCGGCGGUCUGAAUGUCCUCGGUGACCUGACCGGGGGGCUCAAGAAUGGCCGGCUCAAGGGUUCGGUGGUGCUGAUGCGCAAGAACGUGCUCGAGUUCAACGAUUUCAGCGCUUCCCUCGUCGAUGGCAUCACCGAGUUCCUCGGCCGAGGCGUCACUUGUCAGCUCAUCAGCUCCACCGUCGUCGACCCCAAUAACGGGAACCGGGGGAAGGUAGGAGCGGAGGCGAGCCUGGAGCAGUGGAAUAUGGCGAGGCUGCCGUUCAUCACGGCUGGGGAGACCAAGUUCGGGGUCACGUUCGACUGGGCGGUGGAGAAGAUGGGCGUUCCCGGUGCCAUCAUCGUCAAGAACAACCACGCCUCGGAGUUCUUCCUCAAGACCAUCACCCUCGACAACGUCCCCGGCCACGGCACCGUCGUCUUCGUCGCCAACUCAUGGGUGUAUCCGCAGGGCAUGUACCGCUACAACCGCGUCUUCUUCUCCAACGACACGUACCUGCCAAGUAAGAUGCCGGUGGCACUGAAGCCGUACCGCGAGGACGAGCUCCAGAACCUGAGGGGCGACGACCAGCAGGGUCCCUACGAGGAGCACGACCGCGUCUACCGCUACGACGUCUACAACGACCUUGGCGACAACCGUGAAAUCCUCGGCGGCACAAAGGAAUUCCCCUACCCUCGCCGCUGCCGCACCGGCCGCAAGCCCUCGGAAACAAAGCCCGACCAUGAGAGCCGGCUGCUGCCGGUGGUGCAGAACAUCUACGUGCCGCGAGACGAGCUGUUUGGGCAUCUCAAGCAGUCGGACUUCCUCGGCUACACCAUCAAGGCGCUGGUGGACGGCAUCGUGCCCGCGAUCCGCACGUACGUGGACCUGUCCCCCGGCGAGUUCGACUCCUUCAAGGACAUCGUCAAGCUCUACGAGGGCGGCCUCAAGCUUCCCAACAUCCCGGCACUGGAGGAGAUGCGCAAGCGCUUCCCGCUCCAGCUCGUCAAGGACCUCAUCCCCAUCGGCGGUGACUACAUCCUCAAGCUCCCAAAGCCACAAAUCAUCAAGGAGAAUGAGAAAGCAUGGAUGACUGAUGAUGAGUUCGCGAGGGAGAUGCUUGCUGGCGUGAACCCGAUGAUGAUCAAACGUGUAACGGAGUUCCCUCCGAAGAGUACUCUUGACCCCAGCAAGUACGGCGACCACACCAGCACUAUCACCGACGCUCACAUCCGUAACAGCCUCGAGGGCCUCACCGUGCAGCAGGCACUCGCCGGCAACAAGCUGUACAUCGUUGACCAACACGACAACCUGAUGCCUUUCCUGGUCAACAUCAACAACCUCGAUGGUAGCUACAUCUACGCCACCAGGACUCUGCUCUUCCUGCGAGGCGACGGCACGCUCACGCCGGUGGCUAUCGAGCUGAGCUCGCCCCUGCUCCAGGGCGGCCUGACAACCCCGGACAGCACCGUGUACACGCCGGCUUCGACCGGCGUGGAGGGCUGGGUGUGGCAGCUCGCCAAGGCAUAUGUGGCCGUGAAUGACUACGGCUGGCACCAGUUGAUCAGUCACUGGCUCAACACCCACGCUGUGAUGGAGCCCUUCAUCAUCGCCACGAACAGGCAGCUAAGCGUGAUCCACCCUGUGCACAAGCUCCUGCAUCCGCACUACCGCGACACGAUGAACAUCAAUGCACGGGCGCGGGGGCUGCUCAUCAACGCCGGUGGGAUCAUCGAGAUGACUGUCUUCCCUCGCAAGUACGCGAUGGAGAUGUCGUCUGUCGCCUAUAAAGACUGGAACUUCACCCAGCAGGGGCUCCCCGAGGAUCUGAUCAAGAGGGGCAUGGCGGUGCCGGACGCGUCGAGCCCGCACAAGGUGCGGCUGCUGCUCGAGGACUACCCAUACGCCGCGGACGGGUUGGCUGUGUGGAACGCCAUUGAGCAGUGGGCGGCGGAUUACCUGGCCAUCUACUACCCCAGCGAUGCCGUGCUCCAGGGCGACGUGGAGCUGCAGGCAUGGUGGAAGGAGGUGCGUGAGGUGGGCCAUGGCGACCUCAAGGACGCGCCAUGGUGGCCCAAGAUGCAGACAGUGGGGGAGCUUGUUAAAGCUUGCGCCACCAUCAUCUGGACCGGGUCGGCCCUGCACGCUGCCGUCAACUUCGGGCAGUACCCAUAUGCAGGCUACCACCCGAACAAGCCAUCAGCGAGCCGGCGGCCGAUGCCGAAGCCUGGCAGCGAGGAAUAUGCGUUGUUGAUGCGCGAGCCAGAGAAGGUGUUCAUUCGCACCAUCACCAACCAGUUGCAGGCUAUCAUCGGCAUCUCACUACUGGAGAUCCUUUCCAAGCACUCCUCUGACGAGAUUUACCUCGGUCAGCGUGACACACCGGAGUGGACGUCAGAUGCCAAGGCGCUAGAGGCGUUCAAGCGGUUCGGCUCGAGACUGGAGAGCAUCGAAAGCCAGGUGGUUGCGAUGAACGGGAACCCCAAGCUCAAGAACCGUGUUGGGCCGGCCAAGUUUCCGUACAUGCUACUCUACCCCAACACUUCCGACCGCAAGGGCGAUGCUGAAGGGCUCACGGCUAGAGGCAUCCCGAACAGCAUCUCCAUCUGAGGAGGUCGCUACAUACAUGGUGCACGUAUCAGCACCGAUCGGCUCGGAGGGUGUUGAUGACUGUGUUUGGAAGGACUAUGGAACAACCGAUGAUUUCCUCGAAUAAUAAUGUAACGUACGAUGGUGUGUAUUGUUCGAUCAGCACCGAGAGUGUUGUGCGAGCAGCCGACUACGUGCUGCUACCUGAUGGUUUAUGUGCCAAUGUGUAAAAUUUCCUUUCAUUUGCCUAUUAAUGAAGCCAUUCUAAUCUUCUGUUUCUUCCA